CCUUCAGCCUAUAGCCCCCUCCUUUCCCAUACAUAGAGGAAUCCAGCAGCAGCAACCAACCCCCAUCCAAACUUGUCUCCCCCUCCCCCUUCAUCUCCAUCUCUUUUUUUUUUUUAUUCUCCUCCCCUCUUCCCCUUGUCCCUCUACCCAAUCUCUCUCUCUCUUCCACCCCUCCCUGACUUUUUUCUUUCCUCCCUGCUUCUUCUCUUCCCCCAAAUCUACUCUCUAAUUGAGAAGCUGGGAGUCCUCCUCACGUGAGAAGUUGAUUUGUAGUUUGAACACGUGGCUCAUUCAAAAAGCCGGAAUAUUAAAGUGAUCCCCCCCCCCCCCCUCUUCCUCUCGGUUUUAUUUAGAGGCGGCGCCUACAUUAACGUAGAGUGACAUUGUCACAGUCUGCCUGCCAAAAGGAUUUGGGGGAAGACAAAAAGUAGUUUUUUCCUCCUCCUUUUCCCUCCUCAGCCCGCCAUUCUAGUCCAAAAGCUGUUUUUCUCCUUUUUUUUUUUUUUUUUUUUUCCGGCACAUCCGGAUAACAGCCCCAAAUUGCUCUUUUUCCCUCUCCAUUCGGUAUUUGUAGUCCGGCAGCGACCACAGACCUGAUUUACUCGUUUUCUCCAGCAGCGCUCACCGCCCCCUCUUUUUUUUUCACCCCCUGUGCAAACAGUACGGAGGUUUGUUUGGGUGUUUUUAGGGGGCGAUUUCGUGUUUUUUUUUUUCCCCCAUUUAUUUUGUUUUUAAAAUGAACAAGCUGUACAUUGGAAACCUCAGCGAAAACGUUAGUCCCCCGGAUUUGGAAAGUCUAUUCAAGGAUUCUAAGAUCCCUUUUACCGGCCAGUUUCUGGUCAAGACUGGAUACGCGUUUGUGGACUGUCCAGAUGAGAACUGGGCGAUGAAGGCCAUCGACACCCUCUCAGGGAAAGUGGAGCUGCAUGGCAAAGUUAUAGAAGUUGAACAUUCAGUUCCGAAAAGGCAGAGGAGCCGGAAGCUACAGAUCCGAAAUAUACCACCUCAUCUACAGUGGGAGGUACUGGACAGUCUUUUAGCGCAAUAUGGGACAGUGGAAAACUGUGAGCAAGUGAACACUGACACGGAGACUGCAGUAGUGAAUGUAACCUAUGCCAAUAAGGAACACGCUAGACAGGGCCUUGAAAAACUGAACGGCUAUCAGCUUGAAAACUAUUCCCUUAAGGUGACUUACAUUCCUGAUGAGAUGGCUACACAGCAAGCCCCCACCCAGCAGCUACCGCCUCAGCCGCAGCAGCCGCACCCUCAAGGAAGGCGUGGGUUUGGGCCAAGGGGACCUCCCAGGCAGGGGUCCCCUGGUGCUGCUGCGAGACCUAAACCUCAGUCGGAGGUCCCGUUGCGCAUGUUGGUUCCCACACAAUUUGUUGGGGCAAUAAUCGGAAAAGAAGGGGCCACCAUCAGAAAUAUUACUAAACAGACUCAGUCAAAAAUUGAUAUUCACCGUAAAGAAAAUGCCGGUGCGGCAGAGAAACCAAUUACUAUCCACUCAACACCUGAAGGUUGUUCAACUGCUUGUAAAAUAAUUAUGGAGAUCAUGCAGAAGGAAGCUCAGGAUACCAAAUUCACUGAAGAAAUCCCUUUAAAGAUACUUGCUCAUAACAAUUUUGUUGGCCGCCUUAUCGGCAAGGAAGGAAGAAACCUGAAGAAAAUUGAGCAGGACACAGAUACAAAAAUCACAAUAUCUCCACUGCAAGACUUGACGCUAUAUAAUCCUGAGCGGACUAUAACUGUAAAAGGCAGCAUUGAGGCCUGUGCCAAAGCAGAGGAAGAAAUCAUGAAGAAAAUUAGGGAGUCUUAUGAAAAUGAUAUUGCGGCAAUGAAUCUGCAAGCUCAUUUGAUCCCUGGUUUGAACCUGAAUGCAUUGGGGCUCUUCCCACCUUCCUCUUCGGGCAUGCCCCCUCCCUCAGUUGGGGUUCCUUCACCUACGACCUCUACUUCUUACCCACCUUUUGGGCAACAACCAGAGUCUGAAACCGUUCAUCUCUUCAUCCCAGCAUUAGCUGUAGGAGCAAUUAUUGGCAAGCAAGGACAACACAUAAAGCAACUCUCACGUUUUGCAGGAGCAUCUAUAAAGAUUGCUCCAGCGGAGGGACCAGACGCCAAACUGAGAAUGGUGAUCAUCACUGGACCACCAGAAGCCCAGUUUAAAGCACAAGGAAGGAUCUAUGGUAAACUUAAAGAAGAAAACUUCUUCGGACCCAAGGAAGAAGUUAAACUUGAGGCUCAUAUUAAAGUGCCAUCUUAUGCUGCUGGCCGUGUUAUUGGCAAAGGAGGCAAAACUGUUAAUGAGCUUCAAAAUCUAACAAGCGCAGAAGUUGUUGUUCCCCGUGAUCAAACCCCAGAUGAGAACGAUCAAGUGGUUGUUAAAAUAACAGGCCACUUCUAUGCAAGCCAGCUUGCACAGAGGAAAAUUCAGGAAAUUCUGGCUCAGGUAAGAAGACAGCAGCAGCAACAGCAGAAGACAGCGCAAAGUGGACAGCCCCAGCCAAGAAGGAAAUAAAGGUUCAGGAAAAUGGCCCUUCAGAGACUGAUGCCAGACCAAAGACAGACUGCGUAACUGACAGGAACCCAACACCUGUCAGUGCUAACUGGUUACAAUAUGCCAACUAGCUUGUCACCUGUUUGAGGACCAGGCAACAAUUUAAAACUGUCUCUGAGAAUGUAUUAUUUAGGCGCUCAAACUUUUGAAACCCAGCUUUAAAAAAUCAAAAAGAGAAAAAAAAAAAAGGAAAAUGAAAAACGAAAAAAAAAGGACCCCCUUCACUUCCCUUUUGAUCUAUUCUCACAAGUUAACAUAAAUCUUGUUUAGUCUUUUUUUUUAUUGUUCUUAUUUCCCCAACAAUUUUAGAACUUUGUUUAAUGAAGCUUUCUCUUAUGAGUUAUCUGGUUCAAAAAGAAAAGGCAUUGCUCUUUAUACGUCCAGUUGUAUUAGUAAAAGAAAAUUUAAAUAGUAGAGGGUGAGAAUAUUGAUGGGAUAGUGUUAAAAGCUAUUGAUGAGAUUAAGUGUUAGUCCCAGUGUUGAACAAGUGGCAUUUUUUUUAAUUUGGUUGCAUUUUUACUUAACACUGCCAUGAAUAACCUAAGGGAAGUGUAGAAAGGUGUUGGCCAGGGCAUAAAAAGAUGAAUAUGCAUUUUACUAAACUACCUCAGGCAUUUAGUACCUCAAUGAGAAAUUGUUCCUUUUUUGCUUUUUUUUAUUUUAUUUUUUUGGGUAUUUUGUAUACUUUAUAAAGCUAAUAGUUCUUGAGCAUUUUAUUUUUUUAAUAAAAAUAAAAUAUCAGCUGCCAGCUAGAAGUGCAGAAAUAUUUGGUCAGAGAAUGCAUCUGCUAGCUGAUGGCUGAUGGGAGUAAAAGAUGGGGAGUUGCCUUGGUUUCCCUGAGGAAUUCCACAACAUCAUUUUGCUACAAAAUUCAGUGAAUGUUCAAAAAUAGAAGAUACGGAAAGACGUCACCAUACAGAUAGCAGCAUGCAGUUUAUUUUUAUUUUACUAUAAGAUGAAAAAAAGUUUGACGGUACUUUUUUCUGGGAAUAUAACACAAGGAAGUGAUGGAAAGAGGCCAGCUGGGUUUGGGGAAUAUAUUUUUAGGAUGCUUAUAAGACUGGAUUUUUUUUAAAUCUUUAUUUUUGUGUUUUUUAUUUUAAUUUUUAAUUUUAUUUUUUUGUGCUGCUUGGUUGAAUGCAAUUGAACCCUUUGUGCCUUUGACCAUCACUACCUAAUAAUGCUACAUUUAAACAUUUGCAGCCCUUUUGAACUUUUCCAUUCUGUUCAAAGAGCAAGCUUCAUCAGUUUGGUAAACAAUAAACAAAAAUAGGAUAAACAUUAUCUAUGGGAGCAUAAAUAUAUAUAUAUAAAAUAUAUAAAUAUAUUUCCUUUUUUAAAUUUUUUUAUUUUUCCAUAACCAUCAACUAAUGCUUCCCAUCACAUGAAAACAUUAUGUUCAGUUACCAUGACUGGGGUAGAGGGAACAGGGGAUGGUUAAACAUUUAGUUUGAUCAUUUGAUUGAAAACGAAAGGCUUAUGUUUACAUAUGCAGCCGCAGUAAAAAAAAAAAAAAAAAAAAAAAUGAAAAUAAAAAAAGAAGAAAAAAAGGGCCACACAAAGCCACUUGGAAGGUUUAAAGCUGAAUACAACCGUCUAUUCUGGUUUGAAAUAGAUACAGCAGGGUUUAUGCACACUUUAUUUUUUUGCAACCAACCAUUAACUCUUUCAUCUGCCAGUAGCAAGUAGAUGACUUAACUACAUGCUUCUAGCAGACCCGAGGGUAUAAGCGGAAAAAGAAAUCAAAAGGCAGGGAUAAAAGGAAAGCUACCAAAUUCUUUUAAUUUCAGAAUGUAAUUUGAAUGAUGAUUGUGGUAAUAUUUACACAUUCAAGUUUCUACAAUAAACUUCAGUCUACCUCAGUUUUGAAUAUGUGGCAACACAUGGUGCAUAAAGACUGCUGUGUGUGUGUGUAUGUGUGGUCAUAACAGAGCCAUGCGAUUUACCUCUGAACCUUUAUUUUUAUUUUUUUUGUGAUGUUUUUGUGCAUGAGAUGAUCACAAUCACCAUGCUGCACUGAUUUGAGGGGCACAACUAGCAAAUACCAUUUGUUUCAUCAUUUUGUUGAUCUACCUCUUAGAUUCAUAUUGAAAUAGAGGCAUUUCUUCAUAGAAUAGAUAAUUUCCCAAAGAUCAUUGUUGUACAGAUUAGAUCUUUCUUUCUUUUUUUUCUUCUUUCUUUCUUUCUUCUUCCUUUUUUGAAAAUGGUCUACAAUGUUUUCUUUCUUUUUAUUCUUCCACUAUACCUUACUAAUUUGGUUAUUAAAAAAAGAACUCAGAACCUAUGUUGUAGUUUUAAGAGAGACAUGAUUUUUUUUUCUUCUUGACAAGAGUGACUUCAUUAAGUGUUUAGAAUUUUUCUUACAUUGAUUAAAAAUACUGAACUAUGAAAAGUCGUUAAAAAUAACAUUGAGCUAUUGUUGAGGCCUAAGUAUAGACCCAACUUUCUUUUUCUUAACAUGUUGAAGCAGACAUAACUUGAUGAUUUUCCAAGGAUUUUUACGUUACAGAUAGGUGCUGCAUUUACAUCUGCUGAUUUAAAUACUGUCAUAUCUCUUUAAAUUUCUAGACUGUUCGUGUGGUAAUCAUGUUAUUUUCAAUUGAGACUUGGUAACUUGGAGUAUUUUGGCAAUAGAUACAGUAGAAAGUAAUACUGUAAUGAGUUUAAUAUCUGCAAAGCAUGGAUCAUUUUUCAUCUGUAAUGUGCCCCCAAGCAGCUCCACUUGCCAGAUGCCUCUGAAUGGAAUAAAGAGUUUAACUCCUAA